GUCAACGAACGACUACCGAGUGAGAGAAAAGGGGAAACUCCUGUCUGUGUGUCUGUCUCACUGAACGAAAACAAACGUGUUGGACUGAAUGCGCACGCUGUUGAAAUAUACGACGCAAACAAUGUGUGAGGGAAUUAUCACCAGAAUUACUCUUCUUCUGCUCAUCAUCUGCUCGACAAUGGCCCAGGACUGUUCUGAUCCCUGUGACUGCCCGUCGGACCCCCCUCCAUGCCCGUUUGGUACCAGCCUGGUUCUGGAUGGCUGUGGAUGCUGUAAGGUGUGUGCCAGGCAGGCCGGCGAGCCCUGUACCCACCUGGAGCCAUGUGACCACCACAAGGAGCUGUACUGUGACUAUGCAGUGCUGAGUGACACUGAGCACGGCAUCUGCAUGGCCCAGGAAGGCCAGACGUGUGACCUGGGAGGGGUCAUCUACCGCAGUGGAGAGACGUUCCAGCCCAGCUGCAAGCACCAGUGUGUUUGUAUGAACGGAGAGAUCGGCUGCGUGCCAACCUGUGCCAACGACGUGCUGCUGGCCUCCCCAGACUGCCCGUACCCACACCGCAUCCAGAUCCCUGGGAAGUGCUGUGAGGAGUGGGUGUGUGACCAGAGCCCUCAGGACAACCCCUAUCAGUCAGCCAUGGCUGGAUCUCAAAUUCACCCCUUGGUCUCCUCUUCCCCUCUGUCAGUCUACAGAGAGGUGUCAGCCCACGGGCCGGUCCCGGCGGAGAGCCCCAGGGAGAACUGCAUCGUCCAGACCACCAAAUGGGACGAGUGCUCGGCCACCUGCGGCAUGGGCAUGUCGUCCCGCGUCACCAACGACAACGAGCGGUGCCAGCUGGAGAGGCAGACCCGUGUCUGUAUGACCCGGCCCUGCCACGUGGAGCAAGAGAAGGACAUCAAGAGGGGGAAGAAGUGUGUACGGACCCCCAAGUCCCAGCGGGGCAUGCGCUUCGAGCUGUCAGGCUGCAGCAGUGGCAGGAUGUACAAGCCCAAGUUCUGUGGCGUGUGUACGGACGGCCGCUGCUGCAGCCCGCACACCACCAUCACCGCCGAGGUGGAGUUCCGCUGCCCCGAGGGAGACACCUUCAGGCGCAAGAUGAUGUUCAUCAAGACGUGCUCCUGCCACCACGACUGUCCACGAGACAACGACAUCUUCCUGUACUCGCACACGCGCAGAAUGAUCGGGGACUAUGACAACGAUAUGUAACCGACGUGGCUGCCAUAUACGCACUGCACAGAUAACGUUACGUAUACACACACACACACACACACACACACACACACACACACACACACACACACACUGAUAGGCAGCUCUUUGAAUUCCUGGACCAUGUCUCCACCUUACUACUCAUUGGCAUGUCAACCUGGUUGUGAGACGGACAAAAAUAACGUGUGAUUUCAAGAUACGAAGGAAGCAGAGCAUGAGAUUUACUCUUUAGGUUUUUAUUUUUUUAUUUUUAAUUUUUAAAUGCGCAGCUCUAAAGUCACCUGGCUGUUUGACUGGUCUGCCUGUAUCUCUACAGAGAUACUGUAGGGUGGAUCUGACGCACUGAGGACUCAAUGUUAGAGACACUUAACCACAUCACUUAGGAAGGAAUAUAUUUAUAUUCACUGCUAAAGUGCCAUAGGAACACGACAUGGUGGUGUACAGAGGAGCGGCAGGUAACCUAGGCCAGUGUCUCCCAACUCCGGUCCUUGGGAACCCCCCCGACAGCACACGUUGUUGUUUUAGCCCAUGGACAAAAAACACCUGAUUCAACUUGUCAAGGGCUUGAUGAUUAGUUGACAAGUAGAAUCAGGUGUGCUUGUCCAGGGUUACAACAUAAAUAUGUACUGUUGGGGGUACUGGAGGUUCGGAUUUGGGAAACACUGACCUAGGUAGAGGGCGCACUGAACGGAGAGGCACUUACUGAACCAAAUGUCACAUCUUGACAUAAAAUGUUAGAAUAUGACAUUUAAAAAAAAAACUGUUUUUCAUAUGUUAAAGAUUAACAAUACAGAAAUAGUUUGGAUAUAUUGUAGGACUGGUAUGUGCCUCGACAUCUGCAUAAUAUUGAGUGAAUAUAUAUAAUUAUAAUUAAGAAUGUCAAUAAUAUUGUUUACUGUUUAUUUAAAAAAUAAAAGAAGGAACGAAUGAAAGAAAGAAAUUCUGCAUUUGACGAAAACACCUUGUGUAAAUACUGAAAGACUGUGUACAGUUUAGUACUAUAAUUUAUGUAGCUGUUUGUUGUUGUUUAAUUAAUAACACCAUGUUGUAGGUUGUUGUUGUUUAAUAACACCAUGUUGUAGGUUGUUGUUGUUUAAUUAAUAACACCAUGAAUAACACCAUGUUGUAGGUUGUUGUUUAAUGAAUAACACCAUGUUGUAGGUUGUUGUUGUAUUAUAUUUGUAUCAUACUUGUUUUUCACUGUAACCACCUGGCCAAGAUACAAGUGAGUUCCUAUUUGUUGCACUUUUG